AUGUCACAAGUCUUCCUCUAUAAGAACACUUCUCCUUUUGCCCGAUCAAACAGGCCACUUCAGUUCCUGAAUCCAAUGGACUACGACGACAGGACCAACGAUCGCUCGUGUCUCAGCCUCGACCUCUGCUUCGGACCUCGUACCUCCCCCGUCAACGUUCCGACUCCGGCAAGGCCGACUAAUUUUUCUUUAUCCACACAAGUCGAUUCAUCGUUUGGUCAACAGAGCUUCUCGAGGAAAGAAGACUCCCUCGAAGCCCAACUGAAUAAGGUCAGCGAAGAGAACAGGAGGCUGACGGAGAUCGUCGCCGCCUUGUCUCGAAACCGUCACGGUGCAGCUCGAUGGCGCAGCGAGUCAUUCGAUUUCGAAAACGGAUCAAGCUCGCCGAAAAGGAAGUGGAUAGUAGACUGCGCAAAAGAUGAAGACGCAUGGAAGAGACUGAAAUCAGUUACUGAUGAUCCCGCCGCCAAAACCUUCAAGAUUUGCGUUAGAACUGAUCAAAACGACUCGAACAAUGUGGUAAAGGAUGGAUACCGAUGGCGGAAAUACGGACAGAAAGUGACGAGGGACAGCCCGUUCCCCUGAGCUUACUUCAGAUGCUCUUUCGCCCCUUCCUGCCCUGUCAAGAAGAAGGUGCAAAGAAGUGUAGAAGAUAGAUCGGUGUUGGUGGUGGUGUAUGAAGGCGAGCACAAUCACCGACUCCCUUCGGAGGAUGAAGGAUCAAUCAAUCUCAAUAACGCCGCAGAAGGAGGCGAUGCAGUUGGCUUGGUUUUGAAGGAAACGGUGGAAUUGCCGGAGUUACAGAGGCUGCUGGUCGAGCAGAUGGCAUCGUCCUUGGUGGUCGAUCCCAACUUCACCGCAGCUAUCGCCACAGCCAUAGCUGACCGACUCAGCUCGUUUCGAAUCCAGCAGCAUUUCCAUUGAAUAAAUUGUAAUAGAUUUGCAAGCAAAAUCUGAAUCGUAUCUAAAUUAUGUGCUCCAUUUGUUCGCCAAUGAUCAUUGGUGUCCUUCCUUGUGCUAGCUCAAUUAUAUUAGCAAUGAAUUAAGCAAUUCUCCAUCU